AUGGGUGAUGACAUUGAAAAUGGAAGAGGGAUUAAUUGGUGGAGGCUAUUUUACUAUUCUGGAUUGUGUAUGAAGGGGUGGCACAAAAUUUUCUGUGAUACUAAUAAUCAAAGAACUCCCUGGGUAAAAGAUCUUUUGGAUGAAUCUGGAAGAUGGAAUAAAAGACACAUUGAAGACUGCUCAUCUGCUGAAGAAGCCAAUGCUAUUCUAUUAUUGAAGGUCUUGACCCUCAUAAUGCAGACAGACUUACAUGGGCAAGGGAAUUUCUCAGAAUCCUCAACAUAUGCAAAGCUUAUGGAGCAUAAAUGGGGGAAGCUGGACUUGGAAGAGACCAGUAGCAAUCAUAAACAGAGAAAGAGGCUAGAAGGAGAAGUUGGGGACUGA